AUGCCAACCUUCCAAUUGAAGGGCAACUAUUGCACCUCCGCCUGCAGAGGAUGUGAAAAGAAAAUAGGGAAAAUUCUGUCCAAGACCAAAGGAAUUAGGCAGCAGAAUAUAGAUUUGAAGAAUGGCUUGGUACAUGUUGAAGGCGACUUAGACAUUAAAACCUUAGAGAAGAAAUUACAAGACAAGUUUAGAAGUGCAAAAGUGCAUGCUGUGGAGAACGAGAAGCAAGAAGAUGAAAAGACUGAAGGUGGAUCAUCAUCUACAUCUAAGCCUGGCCCUGCCCCAGAACAUGUUGAACUUGGUGGACCUACACCUCAAGAGCCUGUCCCAGGAUACAGUGGAUGUGGUGAUCACGAUUAUGGACCUGCCCCAGGAUACAGUGGAUAUGGUGGUCAAGAUUAUGGUGCUGCCCCAGGAUAUGGCAAUGGUUAUUGGAAGAAUGCAGAUCAAAUUUUCAGUGAUGAAAAUCCUAAUGCUUGCUCUAUGAUGUGA